UUAUGUAUACAGUAACGGACAUAAAUACAAGAACACACGAAGAGCAUCUGAGGGAUUCUAUUCUCAGUUCGACUACACUGCGCGACAUAAAUGGUAUCCAAUUUUUUGAAGGUUAUACAUAAGAUUUCUCUAUACUCUUCUGUACAAAUUCCGACGGCAUCAAUGACGCUGAGUGUACAAUAUCCUCUCUGGUAUCAAGCAUGGUAACAAUGUGUAAAAGAAAAUUGUAUUUUCUGUGAUACUAAGUUAGUAAAUGAUUGUUCGUAUUUGAAGUUAAUUUUAUGUGUGUCAUGUAUCAGUUAAGAAAGACAUAGUGUCUCUUUCCUCAAAUUUGAAAGAAGUAAAAACAGCAUAUCAUUCUGUUUUAAUUACACUAUGUAAAAUAACAUUGGUUUUGUGAAUGCAUGACCAAUUGUUUACAAUAUUUUGUGGCAUAAAAAUCAAAUUUUUAAGUAUCAAAACUUUUUACAAUGGCUUUUAUUUUAGACAAUGGUGCUUAUACUGCUAAAGCCGGUUUCGCUACUGACAACCCAAUGAUAAUUCCAAAUUGUAUUAUGAAAGCUAAAAGUGAACGUAGAAGACCCUUUGUUGGUAAUCAAAUCGAUGAUUGUCGUGAUGCUUCAGGGCUUUUUUAUAUGCUUCCCUUUCAGAAAGGAUAUCUUGUAAAUUGGGAUAUUCAAAAAACAGUUUGGGAUUUCUUAUUUUCAAAAGAUUGCUGUAAUGUGAAUCUCAGUGAAAUGCCAUUAAUUGUGACAGAACCACUAUUUAACUUUGGUCCAAUUCAAGAAACUAUGACUGAAAUUUUUUUUGAAGAAUAUGAGUGUCAGAGUCUUCUUUUAAUAAAUUCACCGACAUUAUCUUAUAUGAAUUAUAAAAACACACACUCUGAAUGUAAAACUUGCAUUAUCGUUGAUUCAGGUUACAGUUUCACUUACAUAGUUCCUUAUGUGAAUGGGGUAAAAUUCAAAGAUGGAAUUCGACGAAUUGAUGUUGGCGGUAAAUUAUUGACAAAUCAUUUGAAAGAAAUAAUUUCUUAUCGUCAGCUACAUGUAAUGGAUGAAACCUACGUAAUUAAUCAAGUAAAAGAAGAUUCAUGUUUUGUAUCACAAGAUUUUUACAAGGAUAUGAAAAUUGCACAAAUAAGCCUAGAAUAUAAUUCAAUUAUUAAAGAUUAUGUUCUUCCUGAUUAUACUUCUCUUAGACGAGGUUUUCUUCGUAACCCUCAAUCACAGGGAGAGCAACAAACUUUACGAUUGAAUAAUGAGAGAUUUGUUGUACCAGAAAUUUUAUUUAAUCCGUCUGAUGUUGGCAUUCGACAAAUGGGAAUUCCCGAAGCAAUCAUGAAUUCCGUAAAAUCUUGUGAAGAAGAACAUUGGCCUCAUUUAUUAGCGAACAUUGUUCUUACUGGUGGUAAUACGAAAUUUCCUGGAUUCAAAGAAAGACUUUAUAAUAAUCUUCGAAGUCUCGCACCCGACGAAUUGCUCAUUAAUGUCACGUUACCAAACAAGCCCGAGACUUAUGCAUGGGAAGGUGGAAAAAUACUUACAAAUGAUUCAGCAUUGAAUUUUAUGUUGUUAACCCGAGAAGAGUAUGAGGAGAACGGACCAAAUAUGUUAAUUGAGAGAUUUAGUGUUUAAAUUGUAAUAACUUUUUCGAAUAUGAAUGUGUUUGGUUGACUGUAAAAUAGCGUAAAUUUCAUGUAAACUAGUAAUUAUAAUCAAAAUGUCGAUGCUGUGAAAAUUAAAUUUUUUUAGAUAAUAAUAAUUUUGUUAAAACAAUUAUA